ACGGCCUUCAUAUAUGUUUAUCGUUUAGAUGGUUAAUUAUUGGUGCUUCUUGGCAAUAGUUAUGAGCUACAAACCGGUAAAUACACGGCUCUGAGUACGAUAAUCUAGCAUCGGCAGUCCACACGUAAACAGAGGGAGUAGGAGGGAGAGCAAACCAGUAGUGCAAGACUCAGAAACAGAAAACUUCUCAUGAGUCAGUGUGCCACCCCAGGGCCAAACUAGGUACAUUGAGCCUCAUGAUGGUGAGCAACAAGUUUGGCAGAAAGAGCAUGAACACAGGCUCAAGAUAUAAUCUAUCAUCGUCAUCUUUCGGCACAUCAUCAUUCGGCACAUCAUCAUUCGGCACAUCAUCAUUCGGCACAUCGUCUCUCGGCACAUCGUCAUUCGGCACAUCGUCAUUCAGCAAUCGUAGCAAGGGUGGCUCUCCUAGGGGGAAUUCACACAGAGGCUCAAGACAGAAUGGCAGAUGGAGGGGUACCGGAAGGGGGCGACAACUCCCCAAUGCUUAUCCAAGUCAACCCUCCAGGACCCUUGCAAAUGUUAUAAGAUAUCAGAGAAAAAGAGGGAUAACGCCGGGUGGUGGAAGAGGUCAGCAACAUAACACUGAUAAUGUAUAUAAUGCAGAGCUCCGCAAACAGUUCCCCGUUUCCAGUGGUUCACAACACCGUGAAAAAGAGAAUCCAGGUCCAAAGGUUGCUCCUCAUUUGAAGCUGAUGGUCGAGGAAGGGAACAAUUAUCCACCAAUACAACGUUAUGGUGCAUCCACAUCUUCAGCACCUCGAUUUGGGAUGAAGAUGUUACAGAAGUUUGGGUGGUCACCUGGAAAGGGGCUGGGCAAAUAUGAGGAGGGCACCGUUGAACCUGUGAUUCCUGAUGGUCUUUAUGCACAGGAGUACCAACCAAAGAAAGAGCCCAUGGAAGUAAUAGAGGACAUGUCAGCCAAACACCCGGUGAUGGCCCUGACGGAGCUGUGCACGAGGCACAAGUGGCCAGCACCCAAGUUUGAAGUGGUGGAUUAUUCAGGGCCAGACCACAAGAAAAACUUCCUGAUGAAGGUCAUUGUGAAUGGGCAAGAGUACAAGCCAGAAGAAGCGUCCACAAGUAAAAAAAUAGCAAAGGCAGAGGCAGCAGCAAUGUUUCUGGAGUCCCUUGGCAUGUAUGACAGGAAAAAAGCACCACAGUGGAACUGAUAACCAGGUACCUUGACUUAUAAAAGAAAUGACUGAAUUAGGGUAUGUUUGUCAGUCCUUGUACACCAUUCCUAUUAAUAGCCAUAUUAGAAAAAAAAGAAUGAUUGGAAAACUGGGCUAUGUAGCUCUUUGAUAUCUUGCCCCUUUAUCAGGUGUUUCCCUAAAUGCAGACUGCUUCAGAAGUGUCUCCAAAAUGUUUUUGUACCUUCAGCAUAUUCAGUUCCUUGCCAGAUAACAACUUUGAGCUAAGGUAUAAAAAAUACUAUCAAAAAGAAACUCACAAUCAAACUUUGUUUUGCAGUAUUAGUUAAUUCAAAUGUCAACUUGAUUUACCAUUUUUGGGGGGAUAUGGGUGCUCACUGGAUGGGCUGGCAAACAACUUCGUGGACACAUUUGUAAGGCACACACACAUUCUGACGAAUGAAAUUUGAUAACGGCUGUCAUGGUUUGCAUUAGUCUUCUGUUCGUAUCACUGACUGGGGGAAGAGGCACCAACACAUUACAGUGGACAUGUUUAGAGGGCGCACACACAUUCUGAUUGAGUAAAAUUUGACGAAGGCAGUCUUGGUUUGCAUUAGUGUACUGUUCAUAUCACUGGCUGGAUAAGAAGCACCAAGCAGAGGGUGUGAACCCUGGCAACGUACAUAAAUGAUUUUCACGUUUCUGGGGGGCAUUCUGGAGGCUGCUGGAAGGCUGCAAAGGAUAUCCAACCUUGUGAGGUGCUGUUAAAAAGUCUUUGUGAGAACACUUCUAUUUCUCUUGUGUUUGUUCCACUAGUAAGGGUGAGGGUGUUGUAGUGUGGCUUCAGUGACCAACAUCAUCUAUACAUGAAGAUAAUUUUUAUGAAGUUAAGGUCAUGGUAGCAAAGUUCGGGGAUGUGAUUUCGUCAUUUUUUUCUCCUUUUUUUCCAUCAAUAUGUCACAAGAAAAAAAGAGGGGAAGGUAUGAGCACAAGAGCAAUGUUUGGCAAGUGUGCACAGCAGUUUUCUUUGACUUUUUAAGGGAGGCUUACAAAUAAGGAAAUGUUGUAAAUGUGUAAAUGCUGAUUAUCCUUUAUUUAUUUGUUAUUUUUAUUUUUCUAUUUUAUUACUUUAUCUUAUUUAUGAUAUUCUCCCUACUCCUGUACAACCCCAUAAGGGAAAAUAAGGACAUUAAAGGGAGAAGAAGAAGAUAUUCUCCCCAGACCCUUAUCACACUUGUCCUCGGCAGUGUUGUGAGUCCAUGGCAGUGAGUGAGCAAGUGUCAAAAACUCUACUUGCCAUUUGACAGCUGCUUUGCCAUGCCUGCCUUGCCACACCUCAACAUACUGUGCCUAGGCUACAUUUUGACACAAUCCCAUGGGCAUAUUUUUGGCCACAAGGAUGGAGAAUGUGAUUAGAUGCUUCCUCUCAUCAGCACUUUGCUGUCACAAUGAAUGGGUUAGAGAUUAGGGAACCAAGCAGUUGUUGGGGUGAACAUUGUUUUUGACAUGCUGGAAUGACAUAUAGUGGCCAACAGUUCUUUAUUUUCCAAGAUCAAAUCACAUCCCUGAAAAUUGAUCAGCGUAGAUGAAAUAUAUCACACAAGGGUAUGUUUUACUCUUGUCAUCAUCAUUCAUGGUAAUACUUUGUGUCACUACAUUUUGGUGUAUGUCAUCAAUAAAAUCAUAAAGUGAU